AGAGAGAAAGCAGCAGGCAAAGAGGCCUCCCCCUCAGUCUUUUAGAUAAUACAAGCUUUAUUUCAUCUCCCUUUCUUUCUCUACAUUUAUCUAUCUUUAUUUCGUGCUCUCUCUACAUAUAUCUAUCUUUACUUCACCCGUGCCUUUACUUUUUAUUUCUUCUUUCUCUCUUUAUUCUAACCUCUCUCUCCACAUAUAUUUACUUUUCCUCUCUCUAUCACCCUCUUUCCACAUCUGUCUAUCUUUAUUCUCCCCUCUCUCUUCAUAUAUAGCUGUCUUCAUUUCACCCUUUCUCUCUAUAUUCUAUCAUUACUUUCCCCCCCUCUCUACAUUACUUUAUCUUUAUUCCACCUCCACUUUACAUCUAUUUUCACUCUACCCGCUUCUCUUUACAUCUAUCUCUCUUUACUUUACCUCCUCUUUCUCUACAUAUGCGUCUUUACUUCACCCCCCUCUUUUUACAUUUCUCUCUCUCUUUCACACUUUCACUCACACUCUUCAGCUUCACUCGCACUCCAAGCAAAAAUGGUGGACCCUUAGCGUCAGCACAGACGGAGACACUGACAGAGGGAGACGAAAAAUAGCAUAAAGGUGAAGAAAUCGAGGAUAUGUAACAGAUAAUAAUGAACCAGCAGGAAGAACUUGAUAAGCUGAACAUUCCUAAUCUAUCGGAUAUUCCACAGACUGGGUCGAAACCCCGAAACCAACCGCAAAGAAAAGACCUACUGUUUGACGGGGAUAAGAAGAAUGGGAAGUAAAGAGUUACCGGACAAGAGUGCUUUGUAUAAUAAUAAUAAUAACAAGAAGAAGAAGAGUUAUAAUGGUGAUGAAGUAGUAGUAGACCUGCUUCUCUACGACUGGUGUUGGUAUUGUUCUUGCUGCCGCCGCCGCCAAACCAUUUCCAUAGCAAGACGAAGUAGAUAGUAUCGAAUUCUUAUUAUUAUUGUUAUUAUUUUAAGAAAGGGACCAGUUUUCUGUUGGCCUUUCACUUUUGGUGAUCCGUUUUCCUUCUUUCUUUCAUUCUCUUUUCUUUCCUCUACAAACGGUCAUUCAAUCUUUUUGUGUGUGUGUGUGUGUGUGAAUGAAUAAGAAAGAAAAGAGAAAGUGUGAAUGGCAGAAUAAUUGUAUAUUUUGGUAAAUAUAUUAUUGACUAGAUAUGUAAUUAAUUGGAACCUUGUUCUAAUAGUAUGUAAGUGUUUGUGUGUAUAUAUUUAUAUGCAUACAUAUAUGUAUUUAUAUGUAAAUUGUAUCUGUGUAGUUAUUUAGAACGUUGAUGUAUUAAUUAGGGUUUGUGAGUAUUGUCUAGAUAUUUAAAAAACGUCAAGGCGUUAAUAGUGUUUGUGUGUGUAUACACAUAUAUAUACAUAGAGAGAGACUGUUCCGUUAACAUCUACAUCAACAUAAUUGUUUUCCUUGGUGUGUGAACGUGUAUUAUAUAUAUAUAUAUAUAUAUAUAUGCUUUAUUGUUGGAAGCGGAACAGUCAAUAAUAAAUAUUACCACAAACAAACAAUAAAAUAGAUGUGAAAGAAAGAAAAUAGAAAAGAAAAGAAAGGAGGAAAACAAAGAAAUAAUAAUAAUAAUAAUAAUGAUUUAAGAAUCAAACCUUCCCGAAAAAAAAAAUUACAAAAAAUAAGCACUAAGAAAUUAAAAAAAAAAGCAGGGAAGGAAAUAAUAAGAAAAGUUGAGCGAAUUCCGGGUUCGGUUCUCAAGUAGAGGAAGGGGAGAGUUUGUUUUACUGCUAUAUAAUUAUUAUUAUUAUACACACAUUUAACGAAUAUAUAUAUAUAUAUAUAUAUAUACUCAAAUAUUUAACGGAUAUAUAUAUAUCUCUUGCUUAUCUAUAUAUAUAUAUAUAUAUCUAUAUAUAUAUAUAUAUAUAAGCGGAGUUUCGGGCCAGAAGCAGUCACCGUGUAUCACCAUAGAGGAAUUAGGAGAGCUCUGGGCUCACUGCGAAGCCCGCAGAUGGGGAAUGGCGAAAGCAUCGAGACUACUCGGCCGGAGUUACGGGCAUCCUUGCCCAUCCGGCUACCCAUGCCCGACCCCACGGAGCUCGAACGGAGGUUUACCAAAGUUCUGGCUUCGAUGGAUCUACCUCCUGACAAAGCCAAAGUACUCAAAGGUUACGACGAUGAGAAAAAAUGGGACCUUAUCUGUGAUCAGGAAAGAGUACAUGCUAAAGAUCCCCCUAAUGUCUACCUUAACAAACUCCGAACUUACUUGGAUCCACGUGCCAGUCGGAAUCACAGAGUUCGAACACUAUAUAAAAGGAAAAUGCUCGGUGAUGCAACAUCUACCCAGGUUCUUAGAGAUUUAGAAAUAUCUCUUCGGACAAACCACAUAGAGUGGGUUAGAGAAUUCCUUAAUGAUGAAAACCAAGGUUUGGAUGUUCUUGUCGAUUACCUCUCAUUUUCACAAGUGGUCAUGAGACGGGAACAAUUAUUAAACAGAGAAAAAAGUGCAAGCUUAGAUUCUGGUUUAUCUAGGAGUCCCAUCAGAAGGAUGAGAAGGUCCAACACAGUGGGGUCCCCUAGGGGUUUGAAGUACAACACCAAAUUAAACAUGGGAGAACCCAGAGAUGAUGUCCAUGUGUGUAUUAUGUGUCUUCGGGCGAUCAUGAAUCAUCAGUAUGGUUUCAACUUAGUAAUUGCUCAUAAACAUGCCAUCAACUGCAUAGCACUUAGUCUUAAUCAUAGAAGUUUACGAACCAAAGCUUUAGUAUUAGAAUUACUUGCUGCUGUAUGUCUAGUCAGUGGAGGGCAUGAAAUAAUUCUUUCAGCAUUUGACAAUUUUAAAGAGGUUUGUAAUGAACGGCAUCGUUUUGAUACGUUGAUGGAGUACUUUAGAAAUUAUGAAGAAUUUCAUAUAGACUUCAUGGUUGCUUGUAUGCAGUUUGUGAAUAUAGUCGUACAUUCUGUCGACAACAUGAACUUCAGGGUCCAUUUACAGCAUGAGUUCACUCAAAUAGGAAUGGAUGACUAUUUAGAGAGAUUAAAAAACACAGAAAGUGAUCGGUUGGCUGUGCAGGUUCACGCCUACUUGGACAAUAUGAUUGAUGUAGCUCAACUGCUGGAGGAUUCAGAAACGAAAACAGAUGCUUUGGAGAAAGUAGCUGAACUUGAAGAAGAGUUGUCUCAUAUGCAUGAAAGAUUACAAGAAGUUGAAGAAGAGGCCAUGGCCAAAACAGUUGAGUUGGAGAAGCAGUUAUCUGAAGCAAAUGAAGACUUGCAAGAAAUCAGGGAACUUGCUCGAAUCCAAGAACAUGAAAUGAAUACCUUACGAAAAGUAGUGAAUGAAAAAGAUGAGGAAUCAAGGAAACGGCAAAGUCUUUUGGAUGCUAAACUUCAAGAACUAGAACUGAUUAAACAAAAUCUCGAAGCCCAUGUUAACAAGAACAACACCUUUGCUAAUCGACAAUUUUCUACAAAUGGGGAGCCUUCAGAAGCUGUAUUCCAACUGUGGUCUUCCCUUCAAGAUGCACCCGAUGUUUUGCCAACAGCAACUCAACUGGAGAAACUUGGCCCACCACCGAUGACCAUUAAAAAGAAAGUGCAGUCUAAAUAUCGACUACCACUGUUGAAUUGGACCCCUCUCAAACCUCAGCAAGUGAAAGGGACCAUCUUCUCAGAUCUUGACGAUGAAAAGUUGAUGACUGUGAUAGAUUUUCAUGAAUUUGAGGAGCUCUUUCGUCUGGGGCCUGCCGGCCCAAUUAGCCGGGAUCCUACUGUUGGGACUCCUAAAUUACUUAAAAAGUUAAAGAAACCUGAAAACAUAAGCCUCCUUGAACCAAAUAGAUUACGAAAUGUUGCAAUCACAAGAAGGAAGAUAGAAAUGACAAAUGACGAAAUUGUUAGAGCAAUUAUUAUGUUAGACUUACAAAAACUUAGCUUGGAUAUGGUUGAUAUUUUGUUAACCAUUUUGCCAAAUGAAUCAGAAUUUAAAGCUUACAAAGAAUUUGAAAGAAACAAAUCCAAUAUUGCUGUAUUAACAGAUGAAGAUAAAUUUAUGUUGCAACUUUGCAAAGUCGAGCGUCUAUCCCAGAAGUUACAGAUCAUGAGUUUUGUGGGUAACUACCACGAUAACAUUCACCAUUUGCAGCCCCAACUAAAUGCAUUGAUUGCUGCUUCUAUGUCCAUAAGAAACUCUCAGAAGGUCAAGAAGAUGCUGGAGAUUAUUUUAGCAUUUGGUAACUACAUGAAUAGCGCGCGGAGAGGUCCAGCAUACGGAUUUAAAUUGCAAAGUCUUGACAUGUUGUUAGACACAAAGUCCAGUGAUAAGAAAAUCAACCUCAUGCAUUUCUUAGUUCAUACAGUUCAAGAGAAAUUCCUUGACAUUAUAAACUUUGAAGCUGAGUUGAGAUUCAUUGAAAAGGCUGCUCUUGUGUCAUUAGAAAACAUCAUGACAGAUGUUCAUGAGCUUGAGAAAGGUAUGGAAAUAUCUAAGAAAGAAUACCAGACCCGGAAGGAGCGAGAUGCUCCAAUUGUAUUGAGAGAUUUCUUGGGAAGUUCUGAAGAAAAGUUAAAAAAACUUAUAACUGAUGUCAAAACAGCAAAGGCUGCCUAUCAUCAGGUUGUGGAAUACUUUGGUGAAAACCCCAGGGUGGUUUCACCAACAACAUUUUUUUCCCAGUUUGUGAAUGCAUGUAGGGUACAUGAUCCUUAACAUCUAUUUUGCAUC